CAGGUAUAUGUUGUGCUUGCAUGAAAAUAAGAAUGAGAAUUCGCUUUGCCGUGAACAGUCCAGAGAUUACUUAGCCUGCCGAAUGGAAAAAGGUCUCAUGCUUAAGGAAGACUGGGCUAAACUUGGAUAUGGUGACUUGGCUCAUGAGAAAGAGACUUCCUGAAGUAUCCUGCAGUUGUACAUAAUAUAGAUCUUGUAAAUAUUAGAUCAAAGAAGAAAUGGCUCAACUACCCCCUCUAGAUGCUGGUCCUAGAGUUGUUUUAGGUUGCACUGGAAGUGUAGCAUCCAUAAAGGUCCCUGAAUUGGCACGUAGAUUACAGAACCGGGGAGCUAGCGUUGUUAUUGUGCCAACAGAACGUGCAUGCCACUUCCUACGAUGUCAAGCCAAGGUAGAACCUAGUCUGGACUUGGGUCAGAGACUGCAGACGAGUCUUGUGCUUGAUAAAAAGUCAAUUGAUAAUGGUUUGGAAAAACGGAGUGGUACACCAGACUCCAACAGGUCAAGUGGAAGGUGUAGUCGUUGCGGUGCUGUGAGCCCUCCAAGUGGCUCUUUGCAAGGCAAGGAAGACAGUGCCUUAAGGUCUCUCUAUCCCGACCUGAAUUUUAUUCUUGAUGAAGAUGAAUGGUCUGCUUGGCAGGGACGUGGAGAUCCAGUGCUCCACAUUGCAUUGCGGGACUGGGCUCAAGUUCUUGUUAUUGCACCUCUAGAUGCCAAUACUAUGGCCAAAAUUGCACAGGGUUUGUGUGAUAACCUUCUAACAUGCAUUGUACGAGCUUGGAACGCUUCUUAUCCACUUAUCUUCUGCCCAGCAAUGAAUACUCAGAUGUACAAACACCCACUUACCAUGAAGCAUACUGCCAUGCUCAAGGAAUUGGGUUACAUAGAAGUGUGUGUGGUAAACAAGAGACUUGCUUGUGGAGAUGUUGGUGCUGGAGCCAUGGCGGAGGUGAGCACAAUCGUAGAUGCUGUCAUGCAGGAGUUACCUGGCGCUCAAAGAGUGCAUCACGGACCCUUCUGAGCUGAACUCUGUUCAUUGCAUUUGUCAGUUAGUGAUGUGAUGUACCAAUAUCAUAAGACGAUCAGUCAAGACUGUUCAUGUUAUUACAGUGAAGUUACUGUAGUACUGUUUAUUCUAGAUUAUGGAAUAUUGAUAAGUCUGUUUUGAUAGUGAAGUAGGUAUUACAUCAAAGUCUAGGAUAUGGUAGCCUCAUCAUAACCAUAGCA